AUGGGAGACAAGGCCGGAGAGGGAAUCAGCCAUGGCAAUCUUGGCAACGCUUAUCAAGGUCUAGGACAGUUCAAAACAGCCAUCCAGUACCAUCAACGUCAUCUAGAAAUGGCUUUAGAGAUGGGAGACAAGACCGGAGAGGGUAAAAGUCAUUGCAAUCUAGGCAACGCUUACCGCAGUCUAGGACAGUUCAAAACAGCCAUCCAGCACCAUCAACGUCAUCUAGAGAUUACUAAAGAAGUGGGAGACAAGGCCAGAGAGGGAAAAAGUUAUGGCAGUCUCGGCAACGCUUAUCAAGGUCUACGACAGUUAAAAACAGCCAUCCAGUACCAUCAACGUCAUCUAGAAAUUGCUAAAGAGGUGGGAGACAAUGCCGGAGAGGGAUUCAGUUAUGGUAGUCUCGGCAACGCUUAUCAAGGUCUAGGACAGUUUAAAACAGCCAUCCAGUACCAUCAACGUCAUCUAGAGAUUGCUAAAGAGGUGGGAGACAAGGUCGGAGAGGGGAAAAGUAAUGGCGGUCUCGGCAACGCUUAUCAAGGUCUAGGACAGUUGAAAACAGCUAUUCAGUAUCAUGAACGUCAUCUAGAAAUUGCUAACGAGAUGGGAGACAAGGCCGGAGAGGGAAUCAGCCAUGGCAAUCUUGGCAACGCUUAUCAAGGUCUAGGACAGUUGAAAACAGCUAUUCAGUAUCAUCAACGUCAUCUAGAGAUUACUAAAGAAGUGGGAGACAAGGCCAGAGAGGGAAAAAGUUAUGGCAGUCUCGGCAACGCUUAUCAAGGUCUACGACAGUUAAAAACAGCCAUCCAGUACCAUCAGCGUCAUCUAGAAAUUGCUAAAGAGGUGGGAGACAAUGCCGGAGAGGGAUUCAGUUAUGGUAGUCUCGGCAACGCUUAUCAAGGUCUAGGACAGUUUAAAACAGCCAUCCAGUACCAUCAACGUCAUCUAGAGAUUGCUAAAGAGGUGGGAGACAAGGUCGGAGAGGGGAAAAGUAAUGGCGGUCUCGGCAACGCUUAUCAAGGUCUAGGACAGUUGAAAACAGCUAUUCAGUAUCAUGAACGUCAUCUAGAAAUUGCUAACGAGAUGGGAGACAAGGCCGGAGAGGGAAUCAGCCAUGGCAAUCUUGGCAACGCUUAUCAAGUUCUAGGACAGUUCAAAAAAGCCAUCCAGUACCAUCAACGUCAUCUAGAAAUGGCUUUAGAGAUGGGAGACAAGACCGGAGAGGGUAAAAGUCAUUGCAAUCUAGGCAACGCUUACCGCAGUCUAGGACAGUUCAAAACAGCCAUCCAGUACCAUCAACGUCAUCUAGAAAUUGCUAAAGAGGUGGGAAACAAGACCGAAGAAGGAUUCAGUUAUGGUAGUCUCGGCAACGCUUAUCAAGGUCUAGGGCAGUUUAAAACAGCCAUCCAGUACCAUCAACGUCAUCUAGAGAUUGCUAAAGAGGUGGGAGACAAGGUCGGAGAGGGGAAAAGUAAUGGCGGUCUCGGCAACGCUUAUCAAGGUCUAGGACAGUUGAAAACAGCUAUUCAGUAUCAUGAACGUCAUCUAGAAAUUGCUAACGAGAUGGGAGACAAGGUCGGAGAGGGAAUCAGCCAUGGCAAUCUUGGCAACGCUUAUCAAGGUCUAGGACAGUUCAAAACAGCCAUCCAGUACCAUCAACGUCAUCUAGAAAUGGCUUUAGAGGUGGGAGACAAGACCGGAGAGGGUAAAAGUCAUUGCAAUCUAGGUAACGCUUACCGCAGUCUAGGACAGUUCAAAACAGCCAUCCAGUACCAUCAACGUCAUCUAGAAAUUGCUAAAGAGGUGGGAGACAAGGCCGGAGAGGGAAAAAGUAAUAGCGGUCUCGGCAACGCUUAUCAAGGUCUAGGACAGUUCAAAACAGCCAUCCAGUACCAUCACCAUCAUCUAGAAAUUGCUAAAGAGGUGGGAGACAAGGCCGGAGAGGGAAAAAGUAAUGGCGGUCUCGGCAACGCUUAUCAAGGUCUAGGACAGUUCAAAACAGCCAUCCAGUACCAUCAACGUCAUCUAGAGAUUGCUAAAGAGGUGGGAGACAAGGCCGGAGAGGGAAAAAGUAAUGGCGGUCUCGGCAACGCUUAUCAAGGUCUAAGACAGUUCAAAACAGCCAUCCAGUACCAUCAACGUCAUCUAGAAAUUGCUAAAGAGGUGGGAGACAAGGCCGGAGAGGGAAAAAGUAAUGGCGGUCUCGGCAACGCUUAUCAAGGUCUAGGACGGUUCAAAACAGCCAUCCAGUACCGUCAACGUCAUCUAGAAAUUGCUAAAGAGGUGGGAGACAAGGCCGGAGAGGGAAAAAGUAAUGGCGGUCUCGGCAACGCUUAUCAAGGUCUAGGACGGUUCAAAACAGCCAUCCAGUACCAUCAACGUCAUCUAGAAAUUGCUAAAGAGGUGGGAGACAAGGCCGGAGAGGGAAAAAGUAAUGGCGGUCUCGGCAACGCUUAUCAAGGUCUAGGACAGUUCAAAACAGCCAUCCAGUGCCAUCAACGUCAUCUAGAAAUUGCUAAAGAGGUGGGAGACAAGGCCGGAGAGGGAAAAAGUUAUGGCGGUCUCGGCAUUGCUUAUCAAAGUCUAGGACAGUUCAAAACAACAAUCGAGUACCAUCAACGUCAUCUAGAAAUUUCUAAAGACGUGGGAGACAAGGCUGGAGAGGGAAGAAGUUAUGGCAAUCUUGGCAACGCUUAUCAAGGUCUAGGACAGUUCAGAACAGCCAUCCAUUACCAUCAACACCAUCUAGAAAUUGCUAAAGAGGUGGGAGACAAGGCCGGAGAGGGAAAAAGUUAUGGUGGUCUCGGCAUUACUUAUCAAAGUCUAGGACAGUUCAAAACAGCAAUCGAGUACCAUCAAUGUCAUCUAGAAAUUGCUAAAGAAGUAGGAGACAAGAAUGGAGAGGCGUGUGCAUUAAGUCUCCUUGGUAGCAAUUAUGAGUGCCUAGGAAAACUAAAGAAGGCCUUUUUCUGCUAUCACUCGAGUGUACUGUUGUAUAACGAUAUCAGGGCCAGUCUUCAACUUAACGAUCAGUGGAAAAUUAGUUUUCGUAAUCAGCACCAAAAUGCAUACAGAGGCCUGUGGUGCGUAAACAUCAAGCAAGGUAAAAAUGUAAAGGCUCUUCUUGCCGCAGAAGAAGGACGUGCUCAAGCUCUGAGAGAUCUCAUGGACACAAAAUAUUACCCUGGAUGUUCUUCAACGCACAGAGCUUCGUGCGUUUCACUGAGUCGUGUUCCGUUAGACACAGUUUUCAUAGCUGUGAGGGGACCCUGCUUUUACUUCUGGAUCUUCAGCAACGAUGACAUAAAAGUGAGAAAAGUAAACAUCAACAAUUAUAGGCGUGAGGAUGAAUUGGGAUUUUUCAUCCGGCUACUGAACAAAACUGCUCUGAAGGAGUCGGUGCAAGAGGUACUUUUACAAUCGAAAAUGCUCCACUUGACUCGUCGACAGAGGAGGAAGUGGCCAAUGGUGUGA